CACAAGUUUGUUUUGUUUUGUAUUUAAUUUUUCAAGUAUUUAUUGUGAAUAUAUUUAUUUGAUAGUUAACUGUUCACAAUUGCCUAAAUGUUUAUUGGGAUACAUAAAUGUUUAUUCCGUAAACAAUCGCCUGUUUAAAAACUGUAUAUAGCGCUACAAGAGCGAUAUUUUCAACUGUGAAAAACAGGUUCAAUCAUAUUGUUUCAAUGGACCCAAAUGGAUUAUCUCCAAAACGUAGCAGACACAGUGUAGCAGCUGAAUUCCCUAUGAGUAAUAACAAUAAACCGUUAAGACUGACUAUACCCAACUUUAAUCACUCAAAUAGCUCUUCGGCUUCUUCUAGUUGGAGAGGAUCUUUGACUCACUUGGGUUUACCGAGUUUCAGCCUCACUUCGCCCGAUGGAGACACCGCGAAGAAGUUCAGUUUUGGGUUUAGACGACAUUCCCAUAACACCCUACAUAAGACAGAUUCGAUGGUCUCACUAUGUUUCCAAUCACUAACCGCAUUCGUUAACAAUGAUAACUUACAAGGGCUCCAGUCAUUUUUGGAAACUAAACAAGUACAGAUCGAUGACAGAGAUGAGAAUGGCACUACAGCCCUUAUGGUGGCUGCGACCAAAGGUAAAGGGGCAUUCGUACGUGAACUCUUGGCCCAUGGUGCCGACCCGAAUGCCGAAGAUAACGACGGCUGGACCGCGUUACUUUGCGCCUCCAAGGAGGGACAUUACGAUAUCGUUUUGCAGUUGCUUGAGCAUAAUGCUGACAUCGACCACAGAGACAUGGGUGGAUGGAGUGGUCUGAUGUGGGCCACUUAUAAAGGUCACACCAACGUCGCCGUCCAUUUGCUCGAUCGUGGGGCCGAGGUGAACGCCCACGGCAACUAUCACGUGUCUUCAUUGCUUUGGGCUGCCGGUAGGGGGCAUUUGGAGAUUUUAAAGGCGUUAAUUAACCAUGGUGCCAAGGUGAAUGUGGGGGAUAAGUAUGGCACCACGGCACUCGUGUGGGCCAGCAGGAAAGGCUAUACGGAAAUCGUGGAAGUUCUUCUUAAGGCUGGUGCGAAUGUAGAUACGGCCGGAAUGUACUCUUGGACACCUCUGAUUGUAGCCACUUAUGGUAACCACGUAGACGUGGUGAAUCUCCUGUUGGAGCACAAACCCAACGUGAACGCUUUAGAUAAAGACGGCUGUAGCCCUUUAACUAUCGCUUGUAAGGAAGGGUAUUAUGAAAUUGCUACGGCCCUAUUAGCUGCCGGAGCUUAUAUUAAUAUACAGGAUAGAGCAGGCGAUACCAACUUAAUCCACGCGGUGAAAGGAGGCCAUAAGAACGUUGUCGAAGCCCUUUUAAAGAAAUACGCGGACGUGGACACCCUGGGCAAAGACCGGAAAACCGCCAUUUACGUAGCGGUCGAAAAGGGAAACCUCUCCAUAGUCAAACUGCUACUCAAUUUUAAUCCGGACUUAGAAAAUGCCACCAAAGAUGGCGACACUCCGCUGUUAAAAGCCGUCCGAAAUCGGAAUUCGGAAAUUGUUAAUUUACUUCUGGAAAAGAAAGCGAAAGUGUCUGCGGCUGAUAAAAAGGGUGAUACGGCCCUGCAUAUCGCCAUGAGAGCAAGAUCGAAGCAUAUCGUUGAAAUACUGCUACGAAACCCGAAGCAUAGCCAGUUGCUUUAUAGGCCGAAUAGAGCUGGGGAAACUCCUUAUAAUAUCGACAUGAGCCACCCCAAGACUAUUUUGGGGCAAAUUUUUGGAGCCAGGCGAUUAAACACCAACGAGGACAACGAAAACAUGCUGGGUUACGAUUUAUACAGCAGCGCAUUGGCGGACUUUUUAAGCGAGCCGAGCCUUUCCAUGCCAAUAACCGUCGGUCUCUACGCAAAAUGGGGAAGCGGAAAAAGCUUUUUAUUAACCAAACUAAGAGAUGAAAUGAAAAACUUCGCUAAAGAAUGGGUCGAUCCGGUAUUCCAGUUUAACACCCUACUGUUCCUGGUUAUAUUCCAUAUGGCCAUAGUGGUCGCUACUGUCGUUUAUAUAGCAACAGAAGCCACUACCACGGAUGUAAAAGCGGAAAUUUGGGCCGCGGGUGUUGCUGCCGUAUUUUUCCUCUUGUGUUUUCUGUUUUUGGGUUUUAUCUGGUUUGCCAGCAAAAGCUACGACUGGGACUGGCCCUACAAUUUCAACGUGAGACUCACCAGGAAAAUGAACAAUUUAAAGUUAAUAUUGCAAAUAUUGUUUUGCCAUCCGCCAGGGGCCUCUAGGGAGGAUGGAAUCUCAGCGCAACCAAUAAGGUUCUUUUUUACGGAUCAGACGAGGUUGAGCAGUACAACUGGCGGCGAAAAUUCGGUGGUACAAAUGAUCGGUUCCUUAUACGAUUCUAUUGAGAGCCAUUAUGGUACUUUGGCCACCAGGUUAUACAGAGCUUUUAGACCUAAGCCUGUAAAAUCUGCUUCUACCUGGACCUGGAGGAAAAUGUGCUGCCUACCAUACGUCGUCAUAUUCGAAAUAAUAUUCUUCAUGGUGGCCAUUGGCUUUAGCGCAUUAACCUACUAUAUACGGCGUAUCAAGAGUAUUAACAGUUCCGAGGACUCAUCUUCUGCAAAUAUGGCCAAAGCAACUUUAGAAGUGAUUCUUAUCCUGGCCGCACUUUUAUUGGCGGUGGCCACCGUCGCCAACGCAUAUACUUGGAGUAAAUUAUUCAUUUCACUGUUGUUCUCCCAAAGGCGACAUUUACAGCGGUCAAUUUCAAAGUUGGACACGUUAAAAAGUGAGGGAUUCUUGCAAACCCUUAGGCAAGAAGUAAAUCUAAUGAAAGACAUGGUGAAAUGCUUGGAUGGACUUAAUACCCAACAAACUCGCUUGGUGAUAAUCGUGGAUGGCCUGGACAGUUGCGAACAGCAAAAAGUCUUAUUGAUUCUCGAUACAGUUCACGUGUUAUUUUCAGAUGCAAAUUCGCAGUUUAUCAUCAUUUUAGCCAUUGAUCCGCACGUAAUUGCAAAGGCGGUUGAAUUAAAUGACCGACGUGUACUCACCGAAAGUAACAUCGGAGGGUUCAGUUAUUUGAAUAAUAUGGUGCAUUUGCCGUUUUAUCUUCAGAACUCGGGUCUUAGGAAGGUGAAAGUCGCUCAGCAAACCGCUUCAUCCCAUAAGAAGGCCACUCAAGCGAAUUCUAAUAAUUGGAGCGAGAACGAGGAGAAUUUAAAUACUUUCCUCGCCAGAUCUUCGUCAAGUCGUCGAUUGUCGAAUGAGAACAAUUUAGUGUCGGCCAGCAGGGAGAAUUUAAAAUAUGCAGGAAGAAAAGGGUCCAGGAAAUUGAAAUUGUCUGAGUCGGUGGCCAGUUCGAUUGGAUCAAACUUAAAUCGAAUAGGUGGCGCUCAAGAUUUAACCAAAAUGCUCCUCACAGAUGACUACUUUAGCGACGUGAAUCCCCGAUCCAUGAGGAGGUUAAUGAACGUCGUUUACGUCACAGGGCGCCUCUUAAAAGCCUUCCAAAUAGAUUUCAACUGGUACCGUCUCGCCUCAUGGAUAAACAUAACGGAACAAUGGCCCUUCAGAACCUCCUGGAUCAUUUACCAUUACGAUUUAUUCGAGGAACAACUGGAGGACAAUACACCGUUAAAAUCAAUAUACGAUAAGAUAAGGCCAAUGAUCCCGUCUAUGAAGGAGUCGGAACCUUUACUGGAACUGGACAGGGAUGAAAAGAAAUUUGAGAUUUUUCUGUCGUUUCACCGGUCGAGUCUGUUAAUAAGCGAUUUAAAGAUAUUUCUACCUUUCACCAUUAAUUUGGAUCCUUAUUUGAAAAAAGUCAUAAAAGAAGAAACUCAAAACAUCGAGGAAGACGGACUAGUAAUGCCAUUGAUCCGCCAGUCGCCUUACGCGCCCAUGAUUCAUCCUCCGCCAAUAAAAUUGUGGCACGGACAAACGCCGGUUCCCGAUUGGUCCUCCGUUACGUCUAAUAAGCCUUAUAUGACACCUACGGGCCAUAAGGAACGAAGACAUGGUGUGGUAAAUAUGCCCCACAACAUUCCAUCGACAAGUAUGCCUUAUGCUCAGGCAGCACAGCAAAUGAUCGCCCCUUGGAGCCAAUUUGAGCAUAUAGACGGGGUUGGAUCUAGUUUUAUGGGUAGAGCUCUCCCAACAUACCCUCCAGCUGCCAUGUUAGAGUCUGAACCAAUAAAAACAAAACUGUCCAGUUUAAACGUGGAGGGAGUGUGCAAACUAUUAUCCUCUAUGGAGGAUUUGAACCAGAAUUCAGUGCCAGACUACGUGCGACUUAUAUGGGAAAAUAACAUUAACGGAAAAGUGUUGCUGCACUGUGACUUGGACGACCUAAAAAAGCUGUUGCAUAUGUCUUUCGGCGAUUGGGAAAUGUUUAAAGUUAAACUGAUUCAGUUGAGGGAAUACGAGAUUGCCAGCAUUUUCCGGCAGGAUGAGGAACCUGCAACAUUUUCCGCGACGAGGAAACCGGAGAGGAAAAGUAGCGUUAAAUCGAGCAAUAAUGGAUUCGAUAAGACCGAUAGCAGCAAAUUGCAACCGGAGAGGGAACGCAAACAAAGUGUAAUUGAAAAGCAGGUAACGUUGGAGGAACAAAUGAUCUGCGGUGCCCUCCAAACCCUAAACGAGGAAGCGUGCGAGGACGUUCUAGAAGAAACCGCCGAUGAAACCAAAGUGACAGUAGAGCAAGAGCUCCCUCAAACCUCCGUCAUUCCUCCAAGCCCUGACUUUCCUCAAGAUAUCCAACAAACCCUGUUAAACCGGGGCGCCAGAACCCGCAAAAGCAGCAAUUCGAGCGUUGGCGAAACGGAUUUCGUGCUUUUGCAAUCAUCAGGCCACGCGCAUUGGCAUCCCGUUAGCAUUUGCAUUUCGGGUAACACCGAUACCGUCAGCGAUAUUAGUUCUAAAAGCAGUAAUUCCCAAGAAGAAUCUCCUGUGCAAGAACGUCGUUACUCCGUGGACAGUAAACCCACUCAAGAACCCAAAGGUCGUCACGUGGUGAUAAAAACUGACAAUGAGGCCCAUACAGUAAGCAUUUCGUCCAGCAGCAACUCGGCGGUAUAUGAAAACUACAGCCACAAGCGUCCCACCAAGAAAGACAGGCCCACCCAUAUCACUCUAAUACAAAAAGAAACCAAACAGCGAUUCGUCCCUGCGAGACACCGCUCAAAAAGUAUCGAUAACAGCCAUAAGAAGGACCGUUAUAAAGAAAAAGUCACUAACAUCGAGACUCUACAGCGUUUAACUGGGAAGUUGUUUCAAUCUAACUCGGAUCUUAACGAGCAUAGCGACAACGAAAGUACCCCACUUGUAUCGGAAGUGUCUUCACCCUCAAUUAAAUCUUGUUCUGAGGCAAAAACUUCUAUCUCAGAUAAUGAUCCUUUGUCCCCACUACCGUUAAUAGUGGAUAAACCAGCCAGGGGCGACCAAAAUGGAUCGGGAACAACUUAUUUGUCCCACUUUGGUGAUAAUUACGCUGAUAAAGCGGGAGAAUCGUGCGGCAGGGAACGGUCCAGAACGUUCUCAGGUAAUCUGGAAAGUUCCCUACUGAACUGUUCCAAAGAGUUUGACGUUGAAAAGCAUAUUUCGGGGAGCUGCGACAGUUUGCAACGAUUGUCCCCGGCAUUAAGUGAUACCUCCGCGGAACACGUUAUGGAAUCUCAAGAAAAACUUCCGGAUGUUUAUUGCGAUCCGGCGAGGUCGUCGAACUAAUUGAACUGUUUGUUUAAUUAGGAUAAAAUCCAGGUAGUUCCUUGGCAAAUAUGAUAUUUUCAAUAUAGUUGUUUUAGUUAUAGAAUGUAAGGUUAUAGUAAAGUUCAUUUCUAGGAUA